AUGGAGAAGCUAAUCCUCCUCCUUUGUCUUGCUUCUGCCAUCUUCCGUUGCUUCUCUUCCUCCGCAGAGUGCAAACCUCAGGUUGACGGAGGUGGGAACGGGACUGUGCAUGUCCGUGUGGGUGCCGUCCUUGACAUGCAGACUUUAGAAGGGAAGAGGAACCAGGCAAGCAUCAACAUGGCCAUGGAUGAUUUCUACGCUGCUCACGGAAACUACUCCACCAGGGUAGAUCUUUGCCUCAGGGAUUCCAACACAAGCAUCAUUGGUGCAGCGGCAGCAGCCACGGAGCUAUUGGAUGACGUCGGAGUGCAAGUCAUCAUUGGUCCUCCCAAAUCCACCCAAGCUGACUACGUGCUAGUUCUUGGCAACCACAGUCGAGUUCCCAUCCUUUCCUUCUCCGCCACCAGCCCUUCCCUCUCCACCGCCCGCACCCCCUACUUCGUUCGCACCACCCUCAACGACUCCUCCGAGGUCGGCGCCAUCGCCGCCGUCGUAAAAUCCUUCGGCUGGCGCAAUGUCAUCCCCGUCUACGACGACACCGACUACGGCACGGGUGCCAUCCCCUACCUCGUCGACGCUCUCCACGCGGUCGACGCCGCCGUCCCCUACCGCAGCAUCAUCGUCUCCACCGCCUCCGAUGAGCAGAUCGAGAAGGAGCUCUACCGACUCAUGACCAUGCAGACUAGAGUCUUCAUCGUGCACAUGCUCGCUGACCUUGGCUCUCGCCUCAUGCGGAAGGCCAAAGAGGUGGGCAUGAUGGUUGAAGGCUAUGUGUGGAUAACCACCGACGGGAUCACGAAUGACCUCGGCUUACUGGAGGAGAAGGUGCUCAACUCGAUGCACGGCACCGUCGGCGUCCGCCGGUACAUUAACAGAUCCGACGAAGGUGUCCGACGUUUCACGAAGAGAUUCACUGAGAAGUUCGCUCAAGGGAAUCCGAGCGUCAACAUGUCAGUGCAACCUCACGUUUUCGACUUCUGGGCGUACGACACUGCUUGGGCUGUGGCCAUGGCGGUAGAGAGAGCCGCCGGGGCAAUGAGGCCUCGCAUCCGUGGCUCCCCAAGCCGUAGCAGUGUAGCAACCGACUUGGACAAGCUCGAUGUUGCCAUAGAUGGACCGAGACUUCUGAAGGCGAUCCACGACACUCGGUUCCGUGGCUUGUGCGGCGAAUUCCUGCUCGUGGACGGGCAGCUCCCAGUUUCCGCCUUCGAGAUAGUGAACGUUGACGGAGACCAUGGCGGAAGGGAGACCGUGAUCGGAUACUGGAAGCCGGAGUCCGGCAUCACGCGACACCCGAACACUAACAAGGCGACAGAGCUCAUGCCCAUAGUAUGGCCAGGGGGGUCGACGACCGUGCCCAAAGGCUGGCAGAUCCCAACCAAUGGCAAGAAACUUCAAGUCAUCGUACCUGUAACAACAGGAUUCAAGCGAUUCCUGAGCGUGGAAUGGGAUCCAACGAAGAACUCAACCAGCGUCAAGGGUUACUGCAUCGAUGUGUUCGAUGCUGUCAUGAAGUCGUUGCCAUAUGCCGUCCCUUACGAGUACAUUCUGCUUCAGCCGAGGACGGCCUCUUACAUCGACGAUCUCGUGUAUCAAAUAUACCUGAAGGUGAUCCUUCCUCCCUCUUCCUCUGAUCAUUCUUUAGACCUAAGACCAGAAUCUAAAGACGUACCACACUCGUUGUUGCAAGUCCAGAACUAUGAUGCGCUGGUGGGGGACAUCACUAUCGUGGCAAACCGGUCUCAGUACGUGGACUUCACGCUGCCCUACACCGAGUCAGGGGUGUCCAUGGUCGUCCCGCUGAAGAAGAAGCCUGGGAACGCAUUAAUAUUCUUGAAGCCAUUGUCGGCAGAUCUAUGGAUAUCAUGCAUUUUCUUCACCUUCCUUACAGGUUUCGUGGUGUGGCUGUUUGAGCACAGGGACAACACCGGUGAGUUCGGCGGCCCGCUGCACCGACAACUGGGCAUCAUCUUCUGCUUCGUUUGCUCCACGCUGGUCUCAUCACCAGAAAGGAAGUUGAAGAGCACAGCAUCGCAGAUCGUGGUGGUGUUUUGGGCGUCCGUGGUCCUGAUACUGGUGUCGAGCUACACAGCGAUGCUGUCGUCCAUGCUCACGGUGCAAGAACUCCAGCCCACAGUGAGCGAUGUGACCGAGCUCCAGACGAAGGGAGUCUACGUCGGCUACAGAAACGGAUCCUUUGUGGCCGACUUGCUGCAGAAGAUGAACUUUGACCGGCACAGACUCAGGAACUACAGCACGGUUGAUCAGUAUGCCGAUGCCUUGUCCAAAGGAAGCGAUAACGGAGGGGUGGCAGCCAUUUUCGAUGAGAUCCCCUACCUCAUGUUCUUCCUCUCCAAACAUUGCCUUGACUACACCAUGGUUGGGCCGACGCAUCAGACGGCUGGAUUUGGCUUCGUGUUUCAGAAGGGGUCUCCAUUGGUUGCUGAUGUUUCGAGGGCUAUAUUGAAGGUGACACAAGGGGACAAGAUGGUGGAGAUAAAAAGGAAAUGGUUCGGAGAUCGGCCAACAUGUUCUAGUCAGCGAGACAAUCUCAGCUCCAUGAGGCUUAACUUCAGGAAUUUUUGGGGACUCUUUCUCAUCUCAGGACUUGUGUCCAUCACUGCCUUGGCCUAUUUCGUCUGCAACAAUCCAUAUGAAGCAAAGGAAGUGAUGGCAAGGAUGCAACAAGCAAUCUUGUACAUCAAAGGGGGGAAGCUGGAUAAAGAAGCUCAAAGUGUUACUGAACCUGAUCAGAAUGGGUAAGCUAUGGCACUUCAGUCCAUGAAUGCAUCCGAUUGUUCAAUUGGAACCCAAAUCCUAUACACAUUCCAGAGACAGCAUUUUUUACAUCAUUAUCAUAAUCUGAAUUGAAAAAUCAAUUUUAAGCACUAGAAGGGAUUCA